AAAUUGACAAGCUGUGAGUGUGUUUUGGGUGUUGUGCUGUUUUGUUGUUGAUUUCCACGCGAUUUUCGCCAAAUUCAUGAGAAAUUAGCCGACUUUUCCUCAAGUGAUUUUCCCUCUGAAAGUGCCUUAAAUCCAAACCCGAAAGAUGAAUUACGGACGGAAAACCCCAACAUCGACCUACAGGUCAACACCAUCGGUGUAUUCUCACAUCACCGGAAGGUCCUCGAAUAUGGCGAAUAUGUCCGGCAAGUCGAGAUCCCUGAAAUCUGUGCGCAUUCCGUGGUAUCAGAAGCCAAUCCUCAAGAACAACGCCUACAUGGACGUCCAGAAGGGCGCAAUGAUCACAGCACUGGCUUCUCUGUGCGUUGCCAUAUUCACCAUGGUCACGGGCGUCUUUGACAUCUACUGCCUGGCCAUGGCAGCUCCCGGAUCCACUCACUACGGCUACUACAUCAUUUCCUACGAGUUUGUCUACGUGGGCAGCAUUCACGUCCGGAACACUCUGGUUGUCUUCGCGCUGUUCUCCGUUCUCAUCGCCAUUGCAGUGUUUGUCACCACAAUAAUGCUGAUAAUUGCUCUCAGGAAGGAAUACGAGAGGAAGAUUCUUCCCUGGCUCUAUGUCUUUGCGCUCUUCAUCAUCUUCCGGACGCUGGCUUUCCUCUUCUUCGCCAUUCUCAACGACCUGAUCUUCGCCUACAACAUCCUCAUGGUUCUCUGCUGGAUCGUCAUCCUGCCGGCGUCCGUUUACGGGUGGCUUCUCGUCUAUUCGCUCUUCCUCGAGCUCUCGGACUUGACGAAGCUGGAGGAUUUGGCUCACUUGAGGAUGGGCACCAUGGCGUCCCUGAACGCCUCCACGACGCAUUCUCUGGCCGGCUCGCGUCCCACGACGCCGCACAGCACAGUCUCGACGAUGCCCGUCGGCGGAAUUAGCAACUAAGUGGCACUCAUCUGUGCAUUCCAUGCGCAACUGUCCGUCCAGAAGCACCUUUAGCAAGUAACUGUAGUUCCCUAAGAAGCCCUUUUUAUCUACGACAUCAGCGAUCUGCAAUUCCGUCCGCACGCGACGCGUGCUUUCUUUUUUACUAUUUGUAGAGAUGUUUUAUAUGUGUAGAGAUUGUCUCAAAAGAGAGAAUGAAUUUUUCUGAGAAAAUAA